AUGAUUUCAUUCUCUUCGAUCCAACACAGUCCCACACAAAAUCCCACCACCACCGCCGCCUCCUCCUCCGCUGGCACAGCGAACCGGACUUUUCUCCUCCCCCACUACCAUACUCACAAAUUACCCUUAAACUCACCACCAUUUUUUCAGACUGCCAAAGUCUCCCGCCGCCUCCGUAUCCGGGCCAUCGAUGCCGCUCAGCCUUUCGACUACGAAUCCCUGCUCGUCAACCGCUUCGCUCAAUCAGCCAAGCUGAAAAUCGCCAUUAUUGGAUUCGGCAACUUCGGCCAGUUCCUUGCUAAGGCCUUUAUCCGACAGGGUCACACAGUUUUCGCACAUUCACGUUCUGAUUAUUCCUCCAUAGCGCAAUCCCUUGGCGCCGUCUUCUUCUUUGACACCCACGACCUCUGUGAAGAACACCCAGAUGUUAUCCUUCUCUGUACCUCCAUCAUUUCCACUGAAUCAGUCCUCAAAUCCCUCCCUAUUCAACGCCUUCGGCGAAAUACACUAUUUGUCGAUGUUUUAUCUGUAAAAGAAUUCCCCAAGAAUAUUUUCUUGCAAUAUCUUCCCUCCCAUUUUGAUAUUCUCUGUACUCACCCCAUGUUUGGGCCUGAAAGUGGGAAAAAUGGCUGGCAAAAUUUAGCAUUUGUGUUUGACAAAGUUAGGAUUGGGAAUGAGGAGUCUAGACUUACACGGGCUGAGACUUUCUUGGAUAUUUUCAAGAACGAAGGAUGUAGAAUGGUGGAAAUGACUUGUGCAGAGCAUGAUAAAUAUGCUGCAGGGUCUCAGUUUAUCACGCACACGAUGGGGAGGAUUUUGGAGAAGUUGCAAUUGGACAAUACCCAAAUUAACACAAAAGGGUACGAGACUCUGUUGAAUUUGGUGGAAAACACGGCAAGCGAUAGCUUUGAUUUGUACUAUGGGUUGUUUAUGUACAAUAAGAAUGCCAUGGAGCAGCUGGAGAGGUUGGAUUUAGCGUUUGAGGCAUUGAAGAAGGAAUUGUUUGGACAUUUACAUGAGGUUUUGAGGAAGCAAUUGUUCGGGAAGUCUGAGGAAAGUCCGAGGCUGGUGCUCGCAAAGAUGGUUCUAUUUGUAUUAGAUUAUAUCAAGGCUGCUGCAUCACUACUGGAUGAUUAG